CUUAUAUACACGCGGGGAGGAAGAAGCGCAGCGAAGAGAGAGAGGGAGGGAAAAAAGAGAGGGGCAGCUCGUGCGCGCGCGCAGCGGCGCAGGAGUCGCCGGGCGCGGGGCGCCCGCUUCUCUCUCUCUUUCUCUCUCGAAUCAAUAUCAUACGCUCCCGCGCCACCACACGUACACGUUCCUCGUCCAUCGGCUGAGCAAGUAAAGUGACUGUGAAUUGUUCGGUUUAAUAUAGUCUCACCCCCUGACGACGGUUACUGCUUCUUCCUCGUCUUCGACAGAGUGAACCUUACCCCUUGUGUGUAUCUUUGCUCGUCAGAAGAAGCACAUACGCAUAUACACUGGAAGAGUGUAGAGACAAAGUGCAGGACUGUAUAGAUGUAGAGCGAGAGAAGAGACGGGAGGAAGAUGUGUCGCGAGGAGGAGUGAACGAGAAAAACAGCAUAGCCCUUCGGUGUGUGAUAUUUCCUGCGUCCUGAUUUACAGCAGACAUGGCCAAGAAUGCAGGGGAGAGCAGAAUACCGCUGCCUCGGACGGUAAGGCCCUCGCUGCUGCCGAAGAUCCGCUCAUUGGGUCCGCCGAAGAUCAGUAGCGCCGGACACCGGCGUUCGCCGGUCUACUGCAGUCCUUCGGCUAUUCCAGGCGCUCCGCAGUUUAACAACAAGCAGCAGCAACAACACUUUGGCUUCGGCAAGAGGGAGUCGGCCAACUUGGUCGUCGACAGCAGUAACAAGCAGUCAAAGAGCCGACGGUCUACGCCCGAUACUGAGAAAGACUGUCUCCUGGACUCGGAUUACUCGAUAUCGGCAAUAUGGAACUGCACGACGGACAACAAAGAAGCGGAACAUCUUAUGCGCCUAAAUGAAGAAAAACUCAAUCUACUUCGAUCUCAGGAAGACCUCGCCAGUUUUGGCGGCAUCAAGAAAAAGCCUCUGCAGCUACAGCAGUCGCAUGAAGACGUGAGCGACGGCGGCGGCGGCAAUCCAUGCAACAUCAACACCAGCGAUUUCGCGAUCGAAUCGCCGGUGGCUACAGCACCGCAUUAUUUGAUGCUGACCAAGCAGAACUCGUUCGAGCAUGACGAGAGCAGCCUGGGCAUCCUGACGCCUGAUCAGAUGACCGACUUCACCGUCGCUCUCGAGUCCUCGAGAACGCCCUCCUGCGAGAACUUGUCUGGACACGCCAAUCCAGGUAAAUUCCUUCUCGGCAAAAGUAACGCGAUAGUUGCAGCGGCUGCUCGACAUCUCGAUAUAGCCGCCUGUGUACCGUCCAUCGAGGCCCUUAUCCCACAGAACGAUCGAAGCCCUUCGCUCGAGGAACUGCCACUGGAUCCAAUAGUGAUCGUCCACGAGGACGUUGACCUUCUUGAAGAAACACUUUGCAGUGGCGAAGAAAUUCCGACGAUACUCCAGCAGCCAGCGGAUUUGGUAAGCGAGCAGUCUUCGAAAACGUCAACAUCGACGACGACGGCUAUCGACUCGACGGAGACGAGCGAGCACACGAGCGACCAACAGACCCGCUGCUCAGCUGGCGUUGUCGGCGGCGCUCACGUGCUGCCGACGAGUUUCAUUACCUCGGUCACCAGCAUCACGAGCCUCGAGGCCGGCUAUCAGGGAGAUGGAGAGAACUCGAGGCCCGCCAGUCGAGGUCCCGAGCCCCUCUCCAUCACCCCUGCGUCCAAUUUACUCGUCAGCGCUGCUUGCAGACAAGAUCCGAUGACAGAUUCGGACUUCUUUACGGAAAGCGACGCGGACGCGCACGAAGAGAUAGUUCGAGGUGACAGGCGAGCCCAAGUGAUUGACGGCACACUUUUCUGCGCUCCGAAUGAGAGGCGCUGUCGGAGUUUCGAGCCUGGCGAGGAGAUGGACUCGUCAGGAAUCUAUUCGGACCUAGAUAAACGUCAAGACAGCGUCGGCAUCGACGGUGACGGCUACGCCGAAGGGUACGGUGACGGAGAUCAUACUACAGACACGGGCGACACUGAGAUAUCCAUGAGGAGCCAACCCUCGCCACAAGAAAAGACGCCUAUGCCCGCUCUAGUCACUAAGAAUAUGCUGACUCCGCAGGAUCUAAACGACUCGUUGGAAUUAAAUUCCACCGCGUCAACGGCCGAAUUGACUGUGAUCAAGUGCCAAAAGAACGAGCAGAACGCGGUGACCAAGUCCAAAUCCAACAUCAGCAACAAGGAGAACUCAGCACCGCUCAAAAAAUAUAAAAUGCCAAAGAGGAAUGUAAUUUCCAAAAUUAAGACUAUGAUCGAGUCGAAUCAGAAUCUCGCAGCUAAAGAAGAGACAGAAAGUGAACCAAGAAGGCCUCAGCGACAACAGCGCAAGAAUGGUCGAUGGGAUGCGGUUAUGAACAAGAUCGAGGCGGGUAAGCAGCGUGGCAGAUCCCUAAAGAAGGAAGUCAAGUCACGAGUGCUACAGGGUUUAGGUACAUCCACGAGUUCCACCGCAUCGACAUCAUCUACGAGACGACCUGCUGGCGACGCAAAUAAUAAUGCUAAAGACAAGCGGCGAGCUCGAGGCCGCCCAGAGACAACCUCGCCGAACCAGGAAACAGCUCGCAGCUCGGUGCGAAGCUCCGCCAGCGACCUGAGCAGCGCGCACAGCAAGGAAGCCCUGAAGAGGCCAACAAGGAAGAACUGCAUGGACGCACAUCAGCCUAAUAACAAUCAACUCAACUCUAAUUUGAACAAGUCGAACCUCUCGUCAGUCCGAAAAGCGCCUAGCAUCAAAAGUGUUCAGUCCAACGUCAACUCGAAGCAGAAAAACGCAACGACCAACAAAGUUGCAGAUCGCAACACCGCCAACAACAACAACAACAACAACAAUCGGCCUACCACGAACAACAGCGCGAGCACCUCGCCGCUGCCCGCCAACAACAAGGAGCAGAGCAACGGGCCGACGACGAUCCUCAACAACAACAACCACCACCUCCACCACCAUCACCACCUGAACAACCACAACCACGUGCAUCAGAGCAGCGCGCCGACGUCGCGAGUAGCCACACCGACGGUCGAACUCAACAGUCAGAAGCUGCUCGUCGACACCAGGGAACAGGAGAUACAAACCGAUCUCCAGCUGAUUGUCCAGGAUAAAACGGAGAAAGACUUGCUCGACGGCAAGCAGGAGGAUUGGUUCAAGAAGGCAGAAGACACGGUUCAGGCGCUCGCGAUUACCGUGCAGUACUUCACGCAUCAGCUCGAGGACGUCUCGGAAAGCAGGAUCCGCAAAGACUUGGACAAAGUGAAGACCGAGUGGCUGUCGGCGCGCUCCGAACUCGAGGAGCUGCGAGUACGUAAGGCGAGCAUCUUGGAUGCGCUCAGUCAGGAACGAGAGGAGCACCUGCAGGCCAUCGAGAGCUUGCGCGAAGACUUGGAGCGCGAGUUGGCCGAACGCUCAUCCCUGGAACAGUCCUAUAUAGAAGAGCGCCAUCGCGUCGAAACUCUCCAGGACUCUCUCCAAGAGAAGGAACGCGAGCAGCGUCUCGCCUUGGAACGUCUUAACUCGGAGCACGAACUCGAACUAGCCCAUGCGCGUACCGUUGCAGCUCAGACACAAGAGCAAGGUGCCCUUUUGGCCGAAGUCGAAUCGCUUCGCACUGUCCUCGAGAUACGUAGCCAGGAGAACUCCCAGUUGAGGUCCGAGGUUGAUAUUCUCAGGCGAGAACUCGACGACAAGGAAGCACUGAAACUCAGGUGCGAGAGUCUUGAGGCUCGCUGCGAAGAUCUCAAGGCUCAGUUGCAAAGCAAGGAGUCAAUCGAAAGACAACUUGCGCAGGAUAAGGAGGUAUUGAUGGGUUCGAUACACCAGAUGUCGAAGCAAAAUAAGCGGCUCUCGCAGAGAAACGAGGAGCUACUCUGGAGGUUACGUCAGAAAAGCGAGGUCGUAAGCGUUCUGACAAAUCAGUUGACUCCCCAGUCCCAGAGGCUAUCCAAGUCUCUUGGGCCUGAACACACAGACCAUGCUGCCAACGACUCAAAUUGCUCACAAAAGUCUCAAGAGCAACAGUCCUGUUCGAUGGUGAAAUACAUGGUAGAAAAGGGUGACUCGGUGUCUUGGACACUAGAUAUAACAGAGAGUAUGGACAGUACGAUAAACAGCAGCGCGGCGAGUUGCACCAAAACCCCGAGCCCUUCAGCACGGCGUUUCUCCAACACCAGCCACCACGAAAGCAAUGGUGGCAGCAACGGCACCUUUGUCUCCCGCCAGAGUUCGCUCAGGCUUUCGAUGCCCAGGCGAACGACUAUGACUGCCGGUCGUACGCGAUCCAACAGCGUGUCUGUCGCCGAGUCUUCGGCUAACGCAAGCACCAAUGAUGAGCCGGUCUGGAGCCCGUCCUACCAGUCGACACCUCUGCAACGCCGCAGGAAUGUAACCAGCGAAUCGCCGCAAUCCUGGUCGCUGACGAACACUGUCACGGAAACGAUGUGUACGAGUACGAGCAACGCCGAGGCCGGCAACAACGUUAUCAGCAAUAGCAGCAACACAAAAGUCGUGGCGCUGGAAGUAUCAACGACCGAUGAGGACGAGGAGGAAGACGAAGAGGAAGAGGUCGUAGGACAGCGACCGCAGGAGGCUGGUGGCGAAGCAAUGAUCUCCGAGGAGACGUCUGCCUCCUCGAGCAGCGAGGAUGAUGAGUCCUCGGUGAGCAGCAGUGACAUUCCUUGACUGCCGAAGAUGACAAUUACGACGACGCACAGAUGGUGUAGCGCUAAGAAAGCUACGAAGCCUCCGACUAGCGCUACUAUACUCGAGAAUUGCUGUGGCGGCUACGAGUAUUAGUUCUCUCAUUAUUACUUUCGUUACGUUGCGUUUCUUUUCUGUAAAUAUUUAUUGUAACUGGAUUUGUGAGAUGCGCGAAAUAAGAAUGUUCGGAUUUAUCUUAUAGAUAGGAAUUAAGUUUAUAUAAAUAUAUUUCUUUUUGUACAAAUAUCACAAGAAAGGAAGUCUAAAACGCUAUUGUAUUGUCGUGUUAGAAUCUCUGUUUCUAUAAGAUGACUAUUGCAUCGAGUUCAUUUAAUGUUUCAUUCUUUUUUUUUAUUGGGCUGUUUGGUGCUGCUCACUAGAAUUGCGAGAGUAAUCACACACAAGACACACAAGUUUAUAACCCCAAGUUUUAUAGAGAUUACGAUAAAUAGGCUUGCGCUGCAAAUGAACACAAAUUUUGCUGAAUCGAUAAAAACGAUCAGAGAUUCGCUGAGAUCGAAUGUAUGGACACACAAGUACACACAGUUUUUAUAAGGAAAAAUACAUACAUUUAAAAAAAAUGUAAAGCAGCCUUUUUUGGGCAACUAGAGCAACCUCAGCCUACAAACUACUGUCACUGUCGAAGCUCGAGAAGCUCAUGCACUGUUUUUAAUCUUCUACCCUUAUAAUUACUAUGUAUAUACAUUUCUCUAUCAAUUGCCCAAUACAUACAGCAAAACAGUACAGGAGCGUCUGUUCGCCCAAAAGUGCAUAUAUAUUAGUUAUCAAUCCACUAGUACGAAAUACAUUUGAAGUAAACAACCAAGCUGAGAAAACAAAAGUAUUUCACCUAUUGCUAACGGCAUCCAGAACACGUGAGAUUCAUGAGGAAAAAAGUAUAUUAUUAGCUGAAAUGCGAUUCUUUGGCGAAAUAAAUGUAUUAUAUAUUA